AAAAAAAUUCAUAUAUAUUCGUGUGGUAAACAUUUCGUACUUCUGUCUCUCUUACUUUCAAUCCAAAUAUUAAAGUAGUACGCAUCAGCGCGAUACGAAUGUGUGUAGAAUGUGUAAAUCAUGUACUUGCAUCGUAUAUUUUCCUCGGUACAUGUUAUACUAUUCUGUGUGUAUUAAAAUUUCGCAUGCACACAAAAAUUCGCGAAUGUUUUCAUGCAGUUCGAAUCAAAGCAACAAAAUAAUGCCAAACACAGAGCAAAUAAAAAAUAACAAUAAAAAAAAGAUUCACAAAAAUUGAAACCGAAAUCACGUUGCAAAAGUGAAUUGAAAUAUUUUUAAAACGAGGAAAUAAACAACGAAAAAUUUAAUUUAAAUAAACAAAUUGUGCGCAUUGUGAAACGAAAUCAUGUGUUGAAACGUGAAACGUGUUCAAACUGGAAAAUAGAGUGUAAAGUUGGAGCGCUUCAAAACUGUUUUUUGCUACUCUUUUUCUUUCGACGUUUGCAUUAAUGAUGAACCGCAUGAAACGAUGGAUCUGUGCUUUGAUUUUGUAUCUUAAUUACACUGGACAUCCAAUGAAUAAUCGCGCUCAGCCCUUGAUUCACUUUUCCUAACGCUUUGACAGUUUUCUAUCCAUCGACCGCUGUUUGGUAUCGGUUUCUGUUUCACAUCCUGUGUGUGCAAAUAUACAGCUAUAUCACAGUAGAUCCGCUCCUUUGUCAUCACGGUUCAUUAUUCGUGUGUGCUCUCGCGUUAUGUGAUUCUGAUUUUGCGCCAAAUUUCAAUUCGACCGUCUUCAUUCAAGUAGUUUUCUUUUCAUAUAUCCUUGUGUGUUUCCGUUGUGUGCUUCUAUUUUUUUUUCUCCCUGUGCUUGUGUGUAUUUUCGUUUGAAGUAGAGAGAAACUGAACCAACAAACACAAUCAAAAAGCAAAAAAAAAAGUUGUAUUCAACAUGGAUGAUUCGCAACCGAAAACCCUUUACGUAGGAAAUUUAGAUCAUAGUGUUUCCGAAGAUCUGCUAUGUGCACUUUUUGGCCAAAUGGGAACAAUAAAAAGUUGCAAAAUAAUCCGCGAGGCGGGCAACGAUCCGUAUGCAUUCAUCGAGUUCACAAAUCAUCAAUCGGCCACCACUGCACUGACAGCGAUGAACAAACGAUUGUUUUUAGACAAAGAGAUGAAAGUGAACUGGGCAACAAGUCCCGGUAAUCAGCCGAAAGCUGAUACCAGCACACAUCAUCACAUCUUUGUGGGUGAUUUGAGUCCGGAAAUCGAAACAGAAACACUACGUGAUGCAUUUGCUCCGUUUGGUGAAAUAUCAAAUUGUCGCAUUGUGCGCGAUUCGCACACAUUAAAAUCGAAAGGUUACGCGUUUGUGUCAUUUGUGAAGAAAGCCGAAGCUGAAAACGCCAUACAGGCAAUGAACGGCCAAUGGCUCGGUUCCAGAUCCAUUCGAACAAAUUGGUCAACACGGAAGCCACCACCACCGCGUGACUCAUCCGCCAAGGGUUCAAAAAAUGGCCGACCAACCUAUGAAGAAGUUUACAAUCAAACCAGCUCAACUAAUACAACAGUCUAUUGUGGCGGUUUCCCGGCAAACACAAUCACUGAAGAUGUUAUGCAUAAGCAUUUCGGCCAAUUCGGUUCCAUCCAAGAUAUUAGAAUUUUUAAGGAUAAAGGUUUUGCAUUCAUAAAAUUCACAACGAAAGAGGCAGCUACACACGCUAUCGAGAAGACACACAAUACCGAAAUUGCCGGCCAUCCGGUGAAAUGUUUCUGGGGCAAAGAAGGUGGCGGCGAUGCCAAUAAUGCGCAAUCAUCGGUGAUGGGUAACGCGACGAUCGGUUGUACGCAACAAACUCAACCACAAGGCACACAAUAUCCAUAUUCAUAUCAACAAAUGGGAUAUUGGUAUCCGGGAUAUCCAGCUCACAUGCAAGCACAAUACAUGCAACAACAAUAUCCUUCUUACACGUACGCUUACACAAACCCGCAACAACAAGGAGGUGCAGCUGCAGCAUAUCGCAUGGUUCAACCGAAUGUGUGGGGUGUUCAAACAACCGCUGGAGCAGCAGUACCUGGAAUGCCAAACAACAACGCAGCAGCUCAGCCGCAAAUGAUGUACACUUCGAUGCCUCAAUACCAAACACAAUGAGAUCUGAGCAUAAGUCCACUUUCGCAACAAAAAUCAAUGAAAUAGUUUAACACACAGGAUACGAGUAUAAAGAUAAAACAGAAGAAAGCAACAAAAAAAGAACACAAAUACAGCACAGUAAAAAAAUUCAAACAAAAAGAAAAGGUAAAUUGAAUUCUUGGAUAUUAAAACAUACGAAAAAGAAACCGAAUGAAAUAGAAAACUACAUGAACACGAAGGGAACGAUAAACAUUGUAGAUUUGUGAAUUGAAUUUGUUGCGAAAAUGUUUGAUUGGAAAUUUGAGGGAAACACACGUAAGAAAAAAGAAAAAAACGAAGAAAAGAAAAACAAAUUGAAGAAAAAACAGUAAUGUAGCAUCUAACAUCAUCAACAACAACAAUAGCAUAAACUCAAAACGAUGCAUUGAAUCGAAUUGAUUAAGACAGAAUCAAGAUUGUGUCGGUCAAAAAUAAACGGAAAGAUGAAGAACUCUAAUUCAACCAUUGAACGGCAAAUUUACUAAGAGAAUAAGAUGGAUCUUUUUCUGCAUUGAAAUUUAUGCAAAAAAAAAAACAAAAAUGUAGAGAAAGAUGUGUGAUAUAUUCAAGCAAACAAUAAAAAAAGAGAAUACAAUUGAAAAGAAGUAUAAUUCUAUAAAUUAUGAAGAGAAUGAAAUUAAGAAGAGAAGAACAUAACUAAGAAAAUAAUGUCUAGUAAUCAAUGCAGUGAAAGAACAAAUUAAAAAAGUGAGACAUAGUUUUAUGAAUUCAAGGGAUACAACAACAACAAAAAUGAAUGAAUGAAAGAAACAAAGCAAAUUAUUUAAAAUAAAAACAACAACAAUAAAAAAUGUAAUUUAACGAUGAAGAAAUUGAA